AUGACUGCCGAUAAUAAACCAGCGCCUCUACCACAGGAUUUCACUCCCAGAAUAGGCGGUGAUGGUAUUAACUGCAUCGAAUUUUUACCACGCGCCCAGAAUAACGUUUUUGCCAUCGGGACAUCUGGCGGACGCGUCCGAUUGUAAGUUCGAGUUUUUUUUGACCAGAUUGCAAAAUUUAGUUACGAGGUUCUCGAAGGGGAUUGCAAGUGCAUUUAUCAAAAAAGAUGGCACAAAACAGUCCGAUGUCUAGAAUUCAAUAAGCACUCACCGAAUCAUCUAAUAUCGGCGUCAGCUGAGUGCGGAAUGAAGAUUCAUGACGUUGAAACAGGACAGAGGGUUGCCUACUUUCGAAGAACGGAGGAUACAGCUCCAUAUUCUUGUUUGGCUUCUGUGGCCGACCAUCGGUGGGUUUCGGGUGAUGACGGCGGUUCAGUUAAGGUAAAUUUCUUGUCAGCUGUGUUUACUCGUAGGUAUGGGACGACCGCCAGAAGGACGGUAUUUGUUGCAAAAUGAAACUGGAUGCUACUGAAGAUAGUGAGCUGGUGGCCAUAAACGAUAUUGCGGUUGGCUCUGAUGCGCAAGGUACACUCCUAGCGGCAGUGGACAACGGGUGUCUUGUCGCCUUCAAUAUUCGUCGACGGCGGAGAGAAAUGACAUCAGAGCCAAUGGGUUACAGCGCUCGCGCAGUGAUUACUAUUAAGGUUAGUUCGGACCACUUAAUUGUGUUAAAAACUUUUGAUGUUAUUUUAUAUUGCCACUCGUCUAAAAACCUUUUAUUCAGAUUAAAUCCACCAUAAAUCACUGUCUUUAUUUUACAGAACGUUAGGACCUUCUAAAUUAAGAAAAGUGGUCUUGAUGGGACGCCCGUUUUUAGUUCCCUACCUAGCUGUGGUUUGAAUAUUCAUCCCGAAUACCGCCGCCCCGAGGCCGACGUAUAUAUCUAGAACGCUGGUAACUAUCUGAAACCGGAUGCAACAAAUUGCGCUACUGGCAGCAUCAAUGCUUAUAACUAAGCACUUUGCGCUUGUCUUCGGAGUAGAGGCCUGGCGGGAAUGCUGGUCCGUCCAGUCGUCAUCGCAUUUGACGGAGAAUUAUGACAUGGUAGCCUUCGAUGUACAAUUUAUGUAGACGUUACCGUUUUAUAUUCCCUCACUGACUUUCGUGCCCUUGGGCGGUUAUUUAUGAAAAACUCCCAUUCCUUUUAUUGGUAUUGUUGGAAAUUUGCAUUUCUGACAUUGAUUAUCUUUAGAUACUCAGGAUAUCUCUAGAUUUCUCAGGAUACUCUGUCCUGAAGAACUGCAUAAUUUACUGAUUAUUUGAGAAUUCGUGCCAAUGCAAGCGUAAUUGAAUAUCCAGCGUUUUCAUAUACUCUGACAGAGCUUGUCACUGGGUUGACGUAUACUCAGUUUGCAAUGAUCGAAAGGUCUCAUCAGAAAAAUAUUGGGAAACCGAAUGUAACCAUCCUAAAUGGCGAAAUUUGUUUGUCAAAACUGAGGGAUGAACGUUUUGCAAUCGUCUAGAAAAAAAAUUUGGAUCAAACGUCUUCAGUAUCUGGGGGUUACUCAUAAGGCAUGCCUCAAUUUACGAAAUAUCUUUGCUCACCGGCAAACCGGCCGUAGUGCAUCGACCAAAGCUUCCAACUAAUAAUUGACGACUUUGGCUGGACGAGGACAAUAUAGAAGUACCAAAAGUAAUAUCACAUUGCUUAGAAAUAACGAUUUUCUUGGGAAAGCAAAAGUACCAAAAACGCAAAAAGUCAUGUCAAAAGAGGAAACUCAGGCUUUAGAAAUACGUAAAGCUGUCUAUGCAAAUAACAGUAGAUAAGACAGCACAAGUAGGACAACGUUAAGAAAUAGUCCUUCUGCAGUUAACAAUAGAAUCACUGCAAAGGGAAGUAUGACGGUUGAGCGACUGUCCGUAGUUUAAACAUAGAUUCUAAAACGGCGCAUAAAAGCGCUGGUGGGCUAAAGUAACAAAGGCCUGAAUCAAAUGAGCCAGAAAGCAAUGUCCGAAGAACGGAUUGGAGACGAGCGAGACCAAAAGUGUCUGUGGUUUUCCGAAAACUGACAGCCAAAUGUUUCCCUACGGCUCGUCGUUUCGCUGCAAGGCACGCUUACCUACGGACUCCCUAGAUGACUUGUCAAGCAUUUUAACAAAGCAUUUUAACUCAGAACACGUCCUUAUUUUCAACUCAUUCAAAAAAAAACUCAGGAGCGUCAAAAUAGCUGCCGACAAGAAACGGUCUCCUUUGACGUCUCUAUCCACCUCCAUUCCCAAAGAAUUGACAAUGUGGGUCUUCAACGACCUACUGAAUAGAAGGUACGACGAAAAGAAAAAUAUUUUUAAGGGAACCAUACAAUAACGCUACUGGACUACUGCUUACUCACGUUCUUCAAGUGUAACGGCCACAUUUACGAAGAAAUCUCGGAACCCCGAUGAAAUCCCCGACUGCCUGUCUGAGACUGUCAUGCGAGAACUGAAAACUGGGGUCUUUCAGCCAUACAGGCCAAAAUUCCAGAUGGGCCAGGUAAACAAAAUCUUUCUCAUCCUACGCUAAGACGAGUACGACAACUGCAUAAGGGAAUGAAACCCGAUUUUCCCACAAAUUCAAUCCAUAAUAGAGGAAGGAAAGGGCUGCGUGCCCCUUUCCUUGACUUCAAGGCAUCGAGGCUGGAAGACAGAGCUCUCCAGACUGGUGUCUUUCGAAAAGCGACGAACGUGGAAAAAAUUCUUUACCGCAACAGCAACCACCUGCCGCACAAGGGCAGUUGCGUCCGGUCACUUUUCGUCGCAUCAGCACACGGCAACGCAGAGGCCGGGAACCCGCGAAGGCGUAAAACCCUGCGUCAUCUCUUCCCUGCUAAUGGAUACCCUUGCAGUUUCAUAAACAAAAGAUGGUACCAACUGCACACGAGAACCUUCGGUGAGCAAAAACAAGGACCCAAAAUCUUCCGUAUUCUUCCCUAUGUGAGGAGCAUCUCCGAAGCCACUGAACUCAUGCUAAGAUCGCUAAACGUGGGCGUUGAGCGCCGACCGGAUGUCACUGCCUGCCGCGCACUCAUGCAGCGAAAGGGUCGGCUACCACCUCUGGACUCGUCAGUCGUCAUUUACCACGUAAACUGUCCGGACUGUCCGACUAACUACUGCGGCCUGUCCGACAAACAACUGAGAGCGCGCAUGCAUAAGCAUGCUUUAGUCGUAGAUCAGAGGGAUGCACAAUCCCACGGCGCGAUGCCCAGUCUGGAAAAUAAUUAUAGGUUAAUAAACUGGCUUUGUCCAAGUGCUCGUCAGAACCGAAGGAGAACUAGUGAGAAAAAUAACCGAAGCCUUGCAAUCGGACGCCAUUCCGAUCAACAGCGCCAUAGAAAGCCACCAGGCGCCACUUACGCACGAGAGGAAGGCUGAUAAGAGAGAGUAGUAGAACUAUCAGGAAUGAGUGCGAAAGACCUGUUUAGACCAUAUAUUUCUCGUUUCGUCUAUCACCGACUAUACACUGGAGUUUGAAAGUGAAACGUCAUAUGAUUAAAUGUUCUUCCACGUAGGUCACCUAAUCGAUCCGAAGGUGUUACACACCUCGGAAUUGGGUAUGCCUGGCCAGCGACGGCUAAUAAGCCAUUGCAGUUUCCCUUGUCUUUGUCGGUAGUGCUAUUCUGCCUGUUUCACGCGCCGUCGUGCGGCUGUUGGAGGGGCUCGAGAGAGAGCCUCGAGGCACAACGGAACGGCUGAGUCCCAUCCGAUGAUGUGCUUGAAAGUCGAUGCUUCUUCGCUUUUUGCGCCAGAAAGCGACCGCUGUGUCCACAACUACGCAUCAAUUGCUUCUCGUCUCUCCCAUUUUUCCUUGAGAUUUUUGCACAUGACUUCUAAUUCAGUGUACCGAUUGGCGCAUGACCCGUCUGAGUGCAUUGCUUCGAGAAACUCCGCCACUUUGUUAGGGCAGACGCCGACAAUGCGAGUUUUUCCCACGCAAAGGUGUGCCCGGUGUCUGGUGUUUGUAUGGCCACAUGAGGCAGAUGAUCUCACUUCUUAAUUGCCUGUUGACGCACGUGGAUGCCUGUAGAGGCGAAUUCUUCCGUUUGGCUACAAUGCACGGCUUCGCAGGCACCAGAUGGAAUCUUGUGGACGCUUUCUGUCUUAUCAAAUUAGUCCACACUAUCCUUACGGCGUGCAAGCUGAAUGCGUAAUGUGGUCGUCGGUUUAUGUCCUACUCGUAUUUGGGUCUUUCGUCAAGUGUCUCUGAAUGAGUUCACAUGCGCCUAAUGUAUGGAGGAAUUCUCCAAGUAUAUGCUUUGAGCACUUGAUUGGCACUAGCUAAUUUCUUUUCAUUAAACUCUUGUUGUUUCAUGCAUCUAUGUACAGAAUCUCUAGGGUAACCAUUCUGGGAAAAUAACUCAAAUGGGUAAUUUAGCACGACCCCGUAGCUUUUUUCGUCAAAACAACAUGUUUCGCUCACUGAUGCAGACUUGACGGUACUCCGCGUGUGAGAGAUUGGGCUGUUGCUCUCAUAAUAUGAGAUGACUUCCGCGCAAGUUUCUUUGCGGCGAACAGUUGUGUGUAGUGUUCUGUAAGUCCUUCCCAGCUAGAAAUGGGUUUUUUUGUCAACUCCUCUAUGCGGUUUCUCGUAAGUGAAUUCCAGGGAAACAUCGAGCUCGUGAUUUCGAAAUUAUUAGGCCUUAAAUUCAGACCCUUAAAAGUCGUGCCGGACCCAUAAUUCAGUCUUCUGCACUUAGUAAUUUAUGAAACUACUGGCUUGUUUUUCCUAUAGAGUUCACAUACCAGAAACUGCGUAUAUAUGCAGUAUGUUAUUACCGACAUAUAUAUAUCUUGGUGAUAGUUUAAGUUCUUUGGGUGAACGCAAAUUUUCGGUCGUGGUCCUCCACGCUGCCUAGAUUAGUCGGCGUUUGUGCCAACGCGUCUGUCGCGCCCCCUCAUCCGGGGUCGGGUUAACUCUCAAUUAACUUAUUCACGUAGACCUAGAACAGCCCUUAAGUUGGACAAGUUAUUUGUUAACGUGUUUUUUGAUUUUGUCUCAUAGAACAACAAGAAAGUGCUGGUUGGAACCGACGAGGGUGUUGUUCUCACCUACAAUUGGAAUGAGUUUGGCAGUAUUUGCGACCGAUUCCCCGUUCGUACCAGUCGUACGCGUUUAAGUAGCAGCAAUUUGACAAAGACCUUUGAAAGUGGCCUGCCGUCUGUGGAGAAAUUUUCGAAGAUCAACGAGGAUAUCGUUAUUAUUGGAACCGAUGACGGUGCGCUAAGGUACGCCCUGCUAAAGUUUACAACCUUUUUUACAUCCGUGCUUCUUCUGGACGACGUUGCGGGUGAGAGUAUGCCAAAACUCAGCCCGCAGAACACUGGGUUAUGUUUUAAACAUAACAUUAUUGCAAUGGAACGUGGGAGGUUUUCAGUCUCUCGCCGUAUUGCGGCCGUUAGAAUACCCGCUGUUUGCAUUUUCACCUUGUGUUUUAACCCUUUGCGUCAUUCCCCCCGAGUUCUGGACCUGAAAGACAUUUUGAGAUAGACUUAUCUCAAAUCGACUGACUUUUGACCCCUUAAUUGGUAUUAAAUUUUCGUAACUGCAUUUGCCUUACGAUUUCCGUUACCGCUGUUAUCCCACUGCCGUUAUACACCCGCCAUGCGAAUCAGACAAGUGUAUCAUUUCGGGCCACAGGUAAGAAGGAAAAACUUCCUUGCUGUCAUGGAACACUGACUGCCAUUUUCGGAUGGAAAAGCUGUUUACGUGAGGUUGCAAAAUCAGUUGCCAGUGCCCAUAAUCCCGAGUUAAUUCUCACCCGAUAACAUGCCAACUUGUGACUAAACAUCUUUCCAGCUAGCCAUGCGAAUGGCACUGGGAAAGUAACUGAGUAAAAGUAACAAAUAAAAUGAAUUUUACUUUAUGGAGUGGGCACACGAAUUCUAUUCAUGCACACACCUACCCUAUGGGGGAUUUCUUAUCCCACAAACGUAACAGUUAAUGAAGGAGGGUGUUUUGAUUCUUAAAAGUUUUUGCUCUUGAGACCAUGGAACUUCUCAUGAUUACUCGUGUAACCCACCAUUUCCAAGAUUAAUAAAUGCGCGCAAAGUCGACAGAAUGGUCGUUAUCUGUUGCUAUACUUUGAGCAAUGGGUCUCGGUGUAGGGACGCGUUGGGUUAUAGGAAAGCAGUUUGUAAGUUUUGGUAGUAAGUUAGGACACUGUUUUUCUCUAGAUACGUGGAUAUUAAUCAACAUUCCUUAAGCCGGAGUAAUUUUAUUGAGGGACCAAAAUAAAGGCGUGGUUUCUCCAAACGUAGUCCAAGAGGCGUUUUUGUGCAUCCCUUCUAUGUAGUUGGGUUGGAUCAAAAAUAAGUUGAAGCAUAUGGCACUCAUGCAGUCAUUGUUUUACGAGUGUAAUUUACCGAGGUGGAUGGAAGGGGUUUCACUAAAUGGCCAAUGUUGUACCAUGACCCUGGUAAAACAUUUCCUACUAAUCGGUCUUGUAACCUCGCCGUAGUUCUCUUUAUCUGGAGGUAUAUCGAACUUCCAAAGUCAUGUUUUAUGCUUUCCGGCGCAUCCUGCAUAUUUUAUCGAACGUUUCGCUUUGAGUUGCACCAGCCGUCCUCAAAAUAGCGCCAUUUUGUAUAUGUCUUUAGGACACAAACUUGAAGCCAGAAGAGAAGGUCAAUCGGCAUUUGCCUUUGAGACAUGUCGACCAGCUUUUGGGGAAGGCGUUAAGUCCUACCACACUUCGCUUAGAUUUAUGGGCACGUUUGGUGGGACAUAGUGGCUCAAGGCGUCGUGUUGCAUGGGAGAAAACGGACCCAGAGAAUUUUUCAGUGGAAAGCGCUAACAGCAACGUUCAGAAUGGUGAACGUAAAGCGGACCUUUCUGCCUUCCGUGUGUGUACCUAAAAAGUUCAAAUAGCACAAACAGGAGAAUUAGCGCUGCGCGUUCGUCAUGUUCUUGACUGUAUCCCUCAUUCAUAGUGAGUUUCAUUUAAGCACUUAUCUUUGGCAAUAAAAGCGCUUGAAACAGACAAAGGAGUUGGAGAAUCAACACAGCCCAAAAUAUUUGCCGCGGCACGGACCCCUUCCACCCCUGGGUUGUCGUAAGCACGCCUACAAAUUGUGCAAAUUAAUCGAUGCUGCUUUUUCGUGAUCCGAAGGAUGAACAUGAACACUUGCCGCUACUUCUGAGAUCGGCGGUUCGAAGCUCAUAGCAAUCGUUUUUGAUUAUGCGAAUUCUCUAUUUCCCGUAGUUUGACUUAUUAAGUGUCCCAGUCGCUUAGGUUGCUGCCUGUGCUGCACGUAUGACGGAUCAUCGACCCGCACUUAUCUUUCAAAAGGCACAAUGAACACUUUUUCAGGAAAACGAUGUCAAGUGGACAGAAUGCCUCUAAUGCGCUUAACUAUUCUCAUUCGGUCCAAAGUUUUCCCAUACGUUCUACUUUCCGGACGUUCAGAAUGCCCUAGAAUGCUUGGGCGCUUCCCCAGUUUCAGACCUCCUAGGUCCUAAUCUUUGUUGCUCCCGUGUUCGCAUGUUUUCUUUUCUCUCUCACAGUGCUUUCAACAUUUUACCAAAUCGGAUGAUCUCUUGUCUGGGCUGGCACACGGGUAGUUCAGAGGAGAACUUCGAGCAGAUGGGUGGUGAUUGUAUGAGUCUCGCUGUUUCUCCGGAUGCGCAGUUCGUCGCGAGCGCCUUACCCUCCAGUUCGAACUUACGCUUCUGGUCUCUGGAGGGCAUCGAGUCGGACGCAGCUCGAGAGGUCGAUGCCCUGAAGGUACCCAGAAAGCGACGCUCUUCCUCUGCUUUGGUUUCAUCAAAGACUUCCAAAUCUCGUGCCACAUCCCGCGAAAUGGACCGCAAACGAUGCGAUUUCCUCUCUGGUCUCCUUCCUUCAGACCAGGAAUCUGACGAAAGUCGCGACGCCGAAGAGGACAGUGACAGUGAUGCUGACAGCAGUGAGGACUCUGGGGACAGUUAG